GAAGAAGAAGACUAAUCUAAAUUAUGAAUCCCUCAUAAACCUGUCCAAGAAUACUUCAUUAAUGGGUCAUCAUUUUCAUGACACACGCCAGCCAAUGGGAGCAGAGGGAGGACAUCAAAGGAGGGCACAAGAGGCGAAGGGUGGUAGCUUUUUUCCCCAGCGUUUGAGGAGGCCGUCCCUAAAUUGUUGAGUACAUAAGAGGCUCCCUGUGUGCGACCCUCUCAGCAUUCAAGACCAGCGUGUGAGGGGAUCCGACCAUUGUAAGUUUCUCUGUGUGUCGUCUCCAGAGAGGGAGACACAGAGAGAGAGAGAGAGAGAGAGAGAGAGAGAGAGAGAGAGAGAGAGAGCAGAGGCAGUCAUUUGCUCCAGCUAAAAUUCAGAGGUGUACUUUAAACUUUGAAAACAUUUUUAUCCACAGCCGCCGCUCAGCUCAUCUCGCUGCUUCACACACACACCCCCCCCCCCUCCCCUCCCCCCCCCCUACGGUCCCAUCCCUCACCCUGCUGCCGCCCCGGUGGACUGUUUUCCCCCGUGGAACUUAACAGGACCAGGAGGGCGUUUGUGGAGCGAUCGUCGCGCGGUGGGAGCGGUGUCAGAGGAGAGCCGGCGUCAUCGCGACUAUGACCCGGGAGCGGAGUGCGUGUUUGGGGCUGUGGGUGCUCCUUUUGCUUGGCGCGGGCCUGGAGGAGGUUGUGGAGGGAUGUAGCUGCCACCCAGCACACCCGCAGCAGCUGUUCUGCAGCGCCGAGAUCGUGAUACGGGCAAAGAUCUCUGGAGAGAAGAUUGUGUCGCCAAGCAACAGCUCCUCACCUUACAUGAAGAUGAUCCAAUAUGAAAUCAAAAUGAUCAAGAUGUUCAAAGGUUUUGACAAGGCCAAAGACAUCCAGUACGUGUACACUCCAGUCUUCUCCUCACUGUGUGGAGUCAAACUGGAUUCCAACAACAAAGCAGGGUAUUUGCUCUCAGGAAGUACGUGGAGUGAUGGAAGGAUUUCUAUUGGCCAAUGCGACCUAGUAGAAUCAUGGGACAACUUAUCACUGUCCCAGAAGAAGAAUCUCAACUACAGAUACCAGAUGGGCUGUGAAUGCAGAAUCAACACCUGUUACACGGUCCCGUGUGCGUCUACAGGAGAAAACGAGUGCUUGUGGACUGACUGGUUGCUGGAUAACAGCCUAAACGGGGAGCAGGCUCGGCAGUACGCGUGUAUCCGCCGCUCUGACACCACCUGUAGCUGGUACAGGGGGGGGCCGCCACCGGAGAAAGACUUCCUGGACAUAGCUGACCCCUGACUUGUUAACUGAGUUUUUUUUUCUUCAAUUCUUCCAUUUCACUUGUGCAAAAUCUUGAGAAACAUUUCCUGCUUUGACUUAUGUAGCUUGAAUGGCGGGCUCAUUAUGGUGCGCAGAGUAGCUACACAGUUUAUUGAAAAAUUGGCUGAAUUUGACAAAUGAGGAAGUUUAACCCGACACUGAGCUCAUGUAAGCGGAGUUCACUUGGUUGCUACGGCAACGCUAAAUCUUUUUGAAUUGCAGAACAUUAAACAUUUCUCUGACUCAUUUUCUCUCUCUCUCCCUCUCUCUCUCACUCACACAUUCCACUUCACUUAAUAGCAGCAGACUGUCCAAUGUCAAUUAUUCACCCCGAGGGUAAAUUCUUUCUUACUUGCUUACUCAGAAAUGAAUUCUGAAGGCACUGAUGGCAAAUGCAUAAUCUGGACAAAUACUGACGACCUCAUAGAUGCUCAUUCAAAACCCACAAAGGGUUAUGUCUCCAUUUGGGUUAUGCAUUUGCUGAAAGUAAAAUGAAGUUAGACAUUUACUAAAGCAACGAGAGGAAAAGGGUCAACAUCGGCCACGACACUGCAUUAGAAAGUCUACUUUAGACACGGAAAACAACUACUACUACGCUGCAGCACUGACACCUCGGCUGAAUUAAUACAUUUAUCCAGCAUUUGCCAUAGACGUCCAGUAUAUAUACUAUACUAUAUAUUUUUACAGUAUCUAGAGCAAAGCAACACCAGGCAUUCCCCAAUUAAUUGUAUUUUUUACAAAAUCUGACACAUGAAUUACAUAUGACCAUAAGUCUUGUACAUCUAAAUCAUCACAGUUUAUACUCUCGAAUUGCUGAGAAUGUAAAUAUUGUACUUGAGUGAUUAUUAACAUUUUAAAGGCUAACCGGAUGUGUUUCAUAGCAUAGAAGUUGUUGUCUUUUUAUGUGUUUAGUUUUUCUUUUUCUUUGCCAAAAAUCUAAUCCAGCGCUUUAACAACAGCACUGCCGCCCGUAGGAGCCGAGCCACGUCGUCUUUGAUGUAACAGGACAAGGUUCAAUUCACUGGUUUUAACAUUUUAAAAACAGGAAGAUGAUUCUCCUCAAAUUUCAAGCUCACGAAAGGAUGAAAUAAAAACAAAAUGACACGAAUGAGCGAUAUUAAGUGACUCUAUUGUUUCUUUAAAGGCCUUAUUUGAUAUAUAACCAAAUCUGAAUUGAUCCCUGUCUUGUUACUGGAUUACGUCACUGAAGUCAUACAAAUUUAAACGCAUUUUCACCAGAGCCACUAUUCAAAGAUGCUAGGGUCACAUUUAACAUGAAAAUAUUAAAUGAAUAACUCUUUUUGAAAUUGAAACAUACUAUAUUAAAAUAUGUUAAUCAAUUUUAGAUAUGAUAGGACACAAUAACUAUGCAUAAUAACUGUAUGGCUUUAGCGAAGCGUUAUCAAACAAUUUCAUGUUUGUUUUAUACCGAAAUAAUUGUUUGGGUUUGUAUUUAUGUCUCUGUUACUGUCUAUAUAGAGUUUUCUAUUUACAUGUACCAAAAAACAUUGUAUAUAAAAUGUCUCAAUGGAA